CACUGGUUACCAUGUACAUACGUAACUUUGUGGGUGAUUUUUUAUUGUGCAGACCUAACAAUUUUGGCAACUCAUUAAGCCGAACUGAGCUAGAACUCGUUUAAUGUCUUGACCUGGAAAACGAGCGCACAAUGAUAUCCAGCUUAUUAGAAUCCGGUAUCCUCUGGUUAAAGACCGCUUAACCAUUGUGCCACAGCAUUGGUAUUGAGCAUUUUAUGCUAUGUCAUGUCCCCCGUGUUAUAAAAGGAAUGACAUCUCGAAAACUCUGCCGCCUAAAUCGUAUCUGGCAGAACGUGUUGCUGCAACUCGCAUGCAGGAGAAGAUGGGGUCAGCUUCAUCGAUGCAAAAGUCAAUCUCAUCCGUCGGUAAAAAAGUUACCGCAACUUCCAACAAAGUGCAGGGGCUUGAUGUUGUACAAAAGCUCUCUAUGCCAAAAGCCAACGAAAAAUGGCAUAGCUGGAAAAACGCUUUGAAUCAACCAGUCACCGGGAAGAAAAGAAAAGAUUGUCAAGAGAGCGCGAAUACGCGUGAAACAUCAGAAGUUUCGAACGAGUACCACAAUGGCCACAAACUUAAUAUCUUCCAAGACGAUGAGAAAAAUAUACGCAAAACUAUCGAGCUGUUAAAGUUGUCAACCUUUGAUGCUUGGAAAUAUGAAAACGAAGAACUUAUUCAUCACAUCAUAGCAAUGUUUAAAGAUCUUCAUAUCUUGGACGAAUUGGGUAUAACUGUCUUUCGACUACACGCGUGGCUGGAAGCCGUGGAAAAAAACUACAGACAUGUUUUGUUUCACAACUUUCGCCAUGCGUUUUGCGUCACACAAAUGAUGUAUUUCAUGGUGAACGAAUUGAAUUUGGUAAAAAAGAUGACGAUCCUACAAAUCGGAAUUCUCCUUGUGGCUUGUAUAUGUCACGACCUCGACCACCCCGGUUUGAGCAAUCUAUACCAACGAAAAGCUCACACCGAGCUCUCAGUAUUAUACAACAACAGCUCUCCGCUGGAACACCACCAUUGCGCAAUUGCUUUUCAAAUACUCUCGGACCAGGACUUGAACAUAUUCAUUAACCUCAGCCAGAAACAGUUUUCUGAAGUUUCACACAUCAUUAUUCAGCUUAUCCUAGCGACUGACAUGGCCAUACACGACCAGCUUUGCAACAAAUUCAACUCCAUUAUCAAGCAAGGCUUUUGUGUAAACAAUCCCGAACACAUGAUGGCUUUGCAGAAGAUCUUAAUCAAAUGCUGCGACAUUUCCAACGAAGUUCGCCCGCUAACCUGCUCCGAACAGUGGGUUGACCUGCUUUUUGAAGAGUUUUUUGUACAGGCUGAUAGGGAGCGUCGCGAAGGAUUGCCAGUCGCUUCGUUUAUGAACAGGUCACAAGUACAUAAGGCCGAUGAUCAGUUAAAAUUUAUUCGCGGGAUCAUAUUGCCGCUGUUUCGCUGUCUCGGAAAGGUUUUUCCUGACGUAAAUACGAAAAUUCUCAAGUCCCUUCAAGAAUCGAUUCGAUACUACGAGAAUAUGACGACAGCUAGUAAACAUGAGAACGACGGUACGGAUGUUUCGCCAACAGAUAAGAAAGAGACGCAAAAGGAGGCUCACAAAGAAUCAAAAGCUGCAGCAAAGACAACAGUGUCGGCUGUUCCAAAAAUUGUCGUCUCUCUUCCAAAUGGUACAAUGUAAAAAAAUUGUGUAAGUGACAUUUGUCAGUAAUACGUUUUGCAGUAACGUAUAAAUUUCGGGUUAUAGCCUAUAACCUGCAACUUUAGUAUUUGUUUGCGUGUGCUGCAAAACUUGUACUGAUUGUAUAUUUUGGUUUGUGGUGCGCAUAUAUAGUUUCCGCUUUGUAUAAUAAACGUCGUGUGUUGUGAUAGAGGUACACAAAAUA